CUUUCGAAGGUGAGAGUGGCUGACCUAGAUUACGGUAACUGGAGCCUUUUUGGGCUCCGCAAGAACGCAAUAUAUCAUAUUCGGUCCAUCCUUUCGGCGUCCCAUUCGGACACCGUCCUUGACCCUACCGAAAACGAAAAUUUCUUCUAAUAAAUAGCCCUCACGCAACAGGCAAACCUUUUGAAACUCAGCACGCGCUAGACAUGGCUUCCGAGAUUGAGAGAUUGAACCGCUACACACUUUUCGUUGAUGAUUGUAGCGACAACGAUCAAAGGCCUCGCCACCACAACAGCCUGAAGCAGACUCAGCCAUAUCCAACCAAGGAAACCACAAAGAAGAAUCGCUUGAGUUCUGACGAGACCAGCCAGCCUAAUAAAGCGCCUCCUCGUCUUCUGGCUAAGAAUCUUUUUGGCAACAUCCUAGUUCCCGUGGUACCUGGUUCUCCAUGGGACAAGUAUGAAAAGAAGUGGCCUCGUGAGUUAGCCGGUAAGGUUGCAAUUGCUGUCAAAUUACCUGCUGGGGAGAAAGAGUUCAUUGUUAGAAGCCUCUCGGGGGAAGAUAUUGAGAAGAGGAUUCUCACCAUUCGUCAAUUCCACCACGAGAAUCUGAUAAGAACUUACGAGAUAUUUGCGUGCCAAGAUGCCUUUUAUCUUAUCUCAGAACCCAUGUGUAUAUCUCUUAUACAUGUUUGUCGUUGCCCACGAUAUCCCGAGGAGCAGCAACUAGUAGCCAUCGUCAAGCAGUCCUCAAUGGUAUUUGCUUCCUAA